AGUUAGCAAUUUGAGUUUAUUAGUGGCCGCAGCUGAGGCGGCGAGGCAGACCACUGGGUUGGGCCUCAGAUAGCAACAGGUUGUACUGGGAUAACCUCGAGAGGAAAUACAGAAGAUGUCAUGGAUGAAACUCUUUUCGGCGGCUAUAGUAAUAGCGGCCUUGCUCUACAAAAUAAGAGAGAAGUCCAUGGCAGAAUCUCCCAUGCCAGAACUCGAUCCUGAUCCAUGGUGGGGACCCGGAGAGCGCGAGAAGGGAGAUGAUUCUGUCAGGAACUUCAAAAUUGCCAUUUCUAAUCAGGACCUUGAUGAUCUGAAGGCUCGGCUUUCCUUGCCCCUACGCCUCACACCCCCCCUUGAGAAUGCCAACUUCACCUAUGGGAUGAACCAGAAUACCCUGAAGGAGAUUGUGCAGCACUGGCGACUCAAAUACGACUGGAGAAAGAGAGAAGCUCUUCUUAAUUAUUAUCCUCAUUUCAUGACCAAAAUUGAAGGUUUAGAUAUCCACUUCAUGCGAGGUAGUGCCCAGACAAAGGGUGCCAAGAAUAUAAAAGUACUACCACUCCUACUUAUACAUGGAUGGCCUGGCACUUUUGUGGAAUUUUACGAUAUCAUGCCUCUCUUGACCACACCACAGGAGGACAGCAAUGUUGUGUUUGAAGUUAUAUGUCCUUCAAUACCAGGAUAUGGAUUCUCUCAGGGCUCAGCUAAACAAGGUCUUAGCCACUUGGAAACAGCACAGAUAUUCUUAAAGCUUAUGAAAAGGCUGGGAUAUGACCAGUUCUACCUUCAGGGUGGUGACUGGGGCUCAAUCAUUGCAACAAGUAUGGCUACCAUGUACCCUGAGAAUAUACUGGGUAUCCAUCUCAACAUGUUUGUGGCCAACAGCCUAGGACCUAAUUUGAAGCUGAUUCUGGGAGCCAUUCUUCCAGCAGGCAUUGUGGUAUCUCAUGAAGACCAGGAAAAACUCUAUCCCUUAACAGAAAAGUUUGGCAUGUUUGCUCGUGAGACUGGCUAUCUACAUAUCCAGGCUACAAAACCAGAUACUAUUGGUGCAGCAUUGAACCAAAGCCCUGUUAGUUUAGCUGCAUAUAUAAUGGAGAAAUUCAGUUCUUGGACUCACAGAGAUAAUUACAAAGAAGUGAAUGGGGGGCUUCUGCACAAACAUUUCCCUAUUGAUAUCGACAAGAUCUUGGAUAACAUCUGCAUUUAUUGGUUCACUGGUUCCAUCACAACAAGUGUGCGUUACUAUGCUGAAAACUUCAGUCCAAAGGCCGUGGCAAACAACCUUGACAGUAUUCCUUGUCGUGUACCGUCGGCCAUGUCUGCCUUCCCUCACGACCUCCUAAACCAACCGAAAAACUUUAUUGCUCACAAGUUCUAUGAUAUUGUCAGCUACAGCGAUCAGUUGGUAGGUGGACAUUUUGCAGCCAUGGAGCGACCAAAAUUACUCGCUAGAGAUUUUCACCAGUUUGUCAACACUGUGGAAACCAGAGAGAAUUAAACACGCCAAAGUAUUUAAUCAAAAUAAAAAAAUCUUGCUAUUGAAAUCUAUAAAUUCAUGUGUAACUUUUACAGUCUAACCACAAUAAAUUACUUCAAAUAUUUACAGCAAGCAAAAAGUACAAAUGAAGAUAUUAUGUACAGAUAACAGAAAGAUUACACAUGAAUAAAACUUAAGGACAGAAAUAUGAAAAUAUAAAAGUGUUCUCUGUUAUGCAAAAUGUUUUUUUCUCUCUAAACAUUCAUUGGACCAGUGGUUCUCAAACUUUAUUGUAUGAAGAUACACUAAAGAAAUAUAUUUGACAUACAUGUCACACCAACUUUUGACACAACCACAUUUGGAAAAUACAUUCAUAUAUAUAUGUAUAGUAGGCCUUCAACAAGUGUUUGCAUAUUUAGAACUCUGCAAAUAAUGUGUAACUACAUUCCUAUAUGAGAAUAAAGUAUAUGACAAUAUAUAUGCCAUAUAUCCUUGACUGUAUUUGAAUAUCAACAAUAUGUUUUUAUGUUAGUGAAUGUUGAGAACUAUAGUUUGCACUAGUGAGAUUAAGAACUGGAAAAGAAUUUUCUGACCCAUUUGAUAUGUGACAUUUCAUCCUCUGUAUGAAUCUGAAAUGUUUCAAAUGUCAUUUCAAAGUUGUUGAGUUUUACAGUGGAGUCAUUUCAAAUAUUACUUAAUUCCUCUUCUUAAGCAAGCCAAAUUGUGGCUUAUUUGAUGGAUCAUGAACAAGUAGAUUUCUCAGCCAAUCAUAAUUUUUAGCUGAAAUAUUUGGAAAAUACUUUUCAAAUCGCCUUGCCAGGCACUCAAAGUGCCCACAGAUGGUAGGAGCAGAUAAUUUUUGUGAGCAUUAGCAGUCUUUGGAAAUAUGGUUUUGAUGUCAAAUUUACAUUCCAGAGCUAAAUUUAUUCCACAGCACAUUUGAGAGAGAGUUCCAUGGCAUGCAGUUUGAGAACCACAGCCUAAGAUGGACAAGUUAUUGCCCAAUAAUUUUGAUUAUGCUUUAUUCUGUGGAUUUUAAGAAAUAAAUACAGUAUUAAAGUGG